ACUUGACGAGUCCACGGAAUAUAGACUGAAGUAAUUUCUAAAGGACAUUGGUUUUCUAAGAUGAUUGUUGAUUAUGACCAGAGGGGUGGAAAAAAACAUCACGAGCUCGAAGAUAGCGAAAGUUCUAUUCUACUACCAAAGGAUGCCGCUAAUAUCGAAGUUAGCUUCAAAGUCAUGCGCGGGCCUGGUGUUUGGUGUGAUGUAAAAAAGUACGACCGUUUCGAAAAAUAUUGGGUAAAACCAUCCCAGCCUCAUAUCUUCAAGUACAGAUCACCAGUGACACGCACGUACACUUUGGCUGGAGGCUUGUAUUAUGAAGCUGUGAUGAAGAUCACAGAUGAUCAUUUUGAUGAUGUGAACGAAUUUUGAAAGGAUUUACCAGACUAAUUAAGAAAUAGGAUUUGACGAAAUUAAGAAUGUCACAGUUGAUAAAAAAGAUAGCUGAUCUCUGUAAUUAGUUACGAUGACUUUUUACACUUUAAGGUAAACACCCAGCACACAAACUAGCUGUAAACGAGUCCUUUAGUCUUAUAGGCAAUUCCCAUUAUAAAGUUUAUCCACAGCAAUUUCUUUCACAGGUAUAUUAUUCCUUGUAGAACGAGACAGUCAUUUUAUACACAAUAUUGCAUUGUCUGUAAUAUAAUCUAUAAACACUGCAAUAAACACUGCAGGAUGGUUUUCUGUUUUGACAACACUUCUGAGUGCUGAUUGGCUAAAUAUGCCGCGCGAGAUCACCUGGAAACUAGUAUGAAACCGAAAGUGAUAUAUCAUUUCAACAAACAUUGAAAUUUUAAUUUUUCUUAAUUUGACCAACGUAUGCCGCAAAGCAUACUGUAGACAAUGGAAGUCUAUAUUUGUUGAAAAAGACUCUGAUCCUUUAUUGGAAUGUUAACAAUUUGAACAAAGAAAACUCUGUCAGAGCUAGACAUCACGGCGGAGGCUUAACAAGGAGGUUAACACAACGACUUUGAUGUCUCUAACGUGAACUCAGAUUUUAUAUAUACUACACUGGAUUCGCUGAUUACGACGUCACAUAACUUUCCUAAAACAUCUUCGAGAUAAAAGUUCACAUUCAAAUGAGAUUUGGUUAACACAACGACUUUGAUGUCUCUAACGUGAACUCAGAUUUUAUAUAUACUACACUUGGAUUCGCUGAUUACGACGUCACAUAACUUUCCUAAAACAUCUUCGAGAUAAAAGAAACCAAAUCAUAAUAGAAACCAAAGCAGUCAGUAUUAUUAUUUGACUUCAUAUAAUGGCCCAGAAAAAAGAUUUUAAGUCGAUUUUGGUUGACAAUAAGUCAGCUCUUCCUGUAACCUUGUUCGUCCACAAAAAUUGGAAUAUACGAAAGUUCUUAUCAAUCAGUAACAUUGUGGCACCAGGUAAAACUUUUUUUCUUGAAAAGGAAAAAGGUGUCCGAUUUCAACUCGAGACUCGCUAUGAUGGCAAACGCGUGAGUACUGUUUUGCCGAUAAAGACGUUAGAAAAGGAUGUGGUGCUUCGAAUCCGUGGUGAUGAUAAGUUAGAUGUGGAUGUAGAAGAUUUAGAGCUUGAACAAAGACAAAUUUGUUUACGGCGACAAAAUAUGAAAGAAGAGGUUUCAGCAUCAGGAAACAAGAACCUGUACGAAAUCCUCUGCCUGAACAUGAAGGAAGUUCGUAAGAAGCCCGUCGAAGAGCAGACCAUUAUGAUUAAGAAGGCUUAUCGUUCCCAACUUCUGCGUUGGCAUCCUGACAAGAAUCCUGAGAAUGGGGAUAACGCCGUCUGUCAAGAGAUCAUCUUCGCAUACAAUAUUCUCAAAGAUCCGGAAGCCCGAGCCGCGUAUAAUAACGUAGCAGAUUAUGACAAAGGAUGGUGCUCAAAAGCGCGAUGGAGGGCAAUAUUCAAGCCCGAACGAUACAGCGAUGAGCAGAAGAAACAAUAUCGCAAGAGAAUGGGAUUAUUGUUUUUGUCAACUCUUCUUAUAGCGGGGGGAUUUGGUUUGACCUUUUUGACAGCGGGCAUGGCCGCACCCGUUGUGCUCGGGAUUACCAUUGGAUCAGCAGCCCUCAUGGGAGGUGGAAUUUCAAGUGGAUUACGGACAAUAAAUCGUGAGUCAAUAAAGAACGGCUGCUCCUUUAAACAUUAUUUUAUUAGUUUAAUCAUCGGUGUUUUUGGUGGAGCAGCAAUAGGGGCAGGAGUUGCUGGAAUUGCUGCGUUUUUGGGUGGAGCAGCAAAGCUUGCAUUCAAAGCUGCUCAACUUUCUCUGGAACGGCAAAUUUCACUAAAAAUAGUGGGCAGUUGUUUCCGCGGAUUUGUCAAUUCCCUUACUAGUAAUCUAGAUGCAAUUUUUUCAGGUGGACAGAAAAUGACCUGGAAACAAUUUCUUUGUCACGUACUAAUGAACGCCAUUGCAGGAGGGAUUGCUGGUGCAUCUGGAGGGCUAACAGAAAACAUGCUCGAAGGCGCGGUUUCUGCCGAAGAGGCGGCGAUAGCAUUUGAAGCAUUUUCCUCUAACGUUUGUGAUGGUGUAGAAGAUGUAACAGCAGCAGCUGUGGAAGGUUUUGGCACCGCUGUCAUUGAAGGUCUUGAUAGUGAUGUCGAAAAUAAACCAUUUGUGGACCGUAUAAAAAAAUUUGCAAACCAAGCUGCACUUACUGUGGCGAUUCAUGUCGCAAAAAACGGUUUUAAAACCAUAAAGAAAGCCGUUGACAAGGUUAAAUGCACUAAGGGAAAUGGCUGUUUAGAUGAAUCAAAAAGAACAGUCCAGAUAGAUCAACCAAUUCCGCAACCAAAGUGUUUGACAUACAAUAAACACAAAAUGAAGUAUAUUUCUAAAGGAAUUUGGUGUUCAAAGAUGAUUGUUAAGUACGUAGUGGACGGUAAGAAGAAAAAAUUCGAGGGUGAAGGUAGUGGUAGUUUGAUAUGGAUUCCAUACAAUGCUACCAAUAUCAAAGUCAGCUUCGAAGUAAUGCGCGCUCCUGGUGUUUGGUGUGAUGUGAAAGAGUACGACCGUUUCAAAAAAUGUUGGAUAAAACCAACCAAGACUCAUAUUUUUGAGUACGACACCCCUGUGGCACGCACGUACACUUUGGAUGGAAACUUGUACUAUGAAGCUGUGAUGAAUGUCACAGCAGAUAGUAACGAUGAUAUAAACGAAAAUGAUCUGCCAAGCUACAAUGACCUAAUAGCCAAAGCCGAAACAUAGGCAACGCUAAAUGAUGAUGGAUAAGAAGCAAAAAACUUUUCGUAUCACCACUUCCAUUGCAAUAACAGUGGACGUUCUUUUAAAUAGCACUGUCGUAGCCAGCAUCAAUAAUUUAGGGGGGCAUAUUCAUAUCAUUUAGAGGCAAUCAUAGCAAUAUUCUAAUCCCAAGGUAAAGACUGUACAAAAUAUAAUUCUAUGUAUCUCUAGUCAUUUAUAUAAACUAAACUUCAAGACAAUUGGAUUACGAACGACUUAAUUUACGACUGGGAUUUCUAAAUUUUAUUAGCACUUUUUAAAUGUUCUGAUAA